GGAAAACCACCAAAUCAAGUCGGGUGAAAACAAACUUUGUGGCAAUUUCCAGUUUAUUCCCUGUUCCUCUUGGGACUGCAGCUCCAAUUCAUGCAGUAGAAAACGUUGAAAUAAAAACAAUGUUCUUGUACAUCCUCGGGCUGGUGACUGUUUGGUACCUAUAUCGCUGGUACAAAGAAAGCAAAAGAGUUCCCAACAAGGGGAGCAAAUAUGUGUACAUCACUGGUUGUGACUCUGGGUUUGGGAACAACCUGGCCAAACAUCUGGACAAGCUGGGCUUUUGUGUGAUUGCUGGCUGUUACACAGAGAAGGGUGAAACUGAGCUGAAGAAGGUCUCCUCCGAAAGGCUCACGGCCAUUUCCCUGGACGUCGCCAAGUCUGAAAGUGUGAAAAAGGUGGCGGCUUUCAUUAAGACUCUUGUUGGAGAGAAAGGUCUGUGGGCUGUUGUAAACAAUGCUGGAGUUGCCACGCCGUCCGGUCCCGUAGACUGGCUCACCAUUGACGAUUACAAAUCCAUGCUAGCCGUCAACCUCAAUGGAGUGAUCGACGUCACUCUGAGCGUGCUCCCUCUCAUCAAGAAGGCCAGGGGCAGAGUAGUAAAUGUAGCCAGUGUGUUCGGGCGAAUCAGUCCAUUUGGGGGGCCUUACUGUGUGUCCAAGUAUGGAGUGGAGUCCUUUAAUGACAGCCUGCGUUUAAACAUGGCGCCGUUUGGAGUCAAAGUUUUGUGCAUUGAGCCAGGCUUCUUCAAAACAAGCGUGACUGACACUGUGAUGCUGAAAAACCAAUUUAAGGGCCUUUGGGACAGAUUACCUCAGGAUAUGAAGGAUGACUACGGGCAAACUUUCUUGGAGACAAGUCUCGAACAGCUGGAUGAAAGAUUCAAUCAGCUUCGAGACAGCGACCUGAUGAAGGUAGUCCACUGUAUGGAGCACGCCAUCGCCUCCAUCUACCCUCGCUACCGCUACUCCCCAGGAUGGGAUGCUAAGUUCCUCUGGUUACCCAUAUCAUACAUGCCAACUUGGAUUUCAGAUCGAUUUUUCCUUCGAUACAGUCCCAAACCCAAAGUAUCUAUGAUUUGAGAAGCAUCCUGUGCGUGUUAUUUUCACAACAGUAAAUGUUAGCUUUACACGUCUGCCAAACUUUGUCAACAUCCUUUACGUCUCAAGUUCUGUAAUAAUCUGUACGUAACUAACCCCUUACUUGAAAAUGAAGUUUUCUAUAUGACAUAUGUAUUUUGAAUAACAGUUUCUGUGUUAGUUACAAAGAGUAAACAGAAACAAUAAUGUGCUGUGUAACCUUUGCUCUUGGACAAAGCCAGUUGUUUUGAAGGUAAAGGGAACAUGUUUAUCAAAACUGAAAGUUAUGUAAUCUUGUUUGGUCUCUUUCACAAGUCCAUGCUGGUCAACCAUUUACUCCUUCUCUUAUAUUCGCUAUGGACCUUGACUCUACAGAUAAAGCGUAAAACUUCACCGGCAAGUUUAAGCUUUUCUCGGUUAAUUUGUACAGUUGAAGGUGAGAAGCGGCUACUUGUGGAGAGCUGUAAUCAUGGUAUGUUUACAUUAUUCUUAUUUUUAUAUGUGUUGGUGCUAGUGCUGGAAAUGAUCAAUUGUGAUGAUCAUCAAAAACUCGUUCAGAGGUAAAUGUAGGAAUUUUUACUUUUAAAGAAAUAUAUUUUUACUGAAAUUUACUGCCCACUGGUGGAAGAUGAAAGCAAUUGCAUCGAGGAUUCUUGGUUUUGGCUUUACAAGAGAAUGAUGGUGUGGUGGUGCACAAACAAGAAUAUUUUUUACGUUAUUCCCUUUGUUUCUUUUACACUUGGACCAGGCUGACUGUUUUCUACAUGCUGAUAAAGCACAGAUUAAUAAGUAUUACACCUCUGUGUAAAACCAAAUUAUACUCGAUCUGUAGCUCGAGUAUAAUUUGUGACACCUCCAAUCAGUUUAUUCUGAAUAAUUGUAUUUUACAGUUUGACUUUUCAUGCAUAGAAGUUGAAAAAAAUUCAAUGAAAGCACAUUUAGCUUCUUCAGUUUCUUUUUGGCUUUGUCGUAAUAAAGAAAAAGAUGAUUUUCUAUGUAUUGCAUAAAAAGGAAUAUAGACUAAUUCUGUGUUUCUAAAUGUCAAAAUAUGACUGCUUUGCUAUGAUGUAAUAAUAAAAAUCUAUAAAAUUCCA